GGACGUUUUACUUGGCGCCAUAACUCAAUCUUAAAAACAUUGGCUAGAUAUUUAUCAAGUAUUAAGAAUAACUCCUUGAUUUAUGCGGAUAUUGAUGGCUUUGACAACCCCUCGGUGAUCACUGGUCUGGAAGAUCGCCACGAUAUGUUGGUCUUAAGUAACACCAAAGAUACAAUAUGUGUAAUUGAGUUAACUGUUGGCUUUGAAACUAAUAUAACCAAAAAUUGCAAGAGAAAGGCUGCUCG